AUGAAACCUGUAGUUAUCGUCAAGGAACGACCAAGAAGAGCAGCCAAGGACAAGGUGUACAACACAAGGAUUAGUGGUCAACGCGCUGCCCCAAAAUCUAGGAAAAGAGUGGCAGAAUCCGAACCUGAAUCUGAAGGAUCUGAUUAUGAAGCAGCAGCAGCACCUGAAGAAGAAUCAGAGGAAGAGUCAGAGGAAGAGUCAGAAGAGUCAGAGGAGUCAGAGUCAGAAGAGGAGGAUGAAGAGUUCAGUACAUCAAGGAAACCACGCAGUAGAUCUGGAAAAAAAGUGACAGCAGGAAGAGGAGGCCGAGCAAAAGCAGCAGGAUCAAACAAGUCAAUUACACCAAAGAAGCGUCAAAAGCCAUCUACCAUGUCAGGCAAUCGAACCAUUCAUCGAGUCAAUCAAGCCAUGCCAGUGCUGCCUUUACGACAGGUGCAACAGAAACGGGACAACAGCCAUCUAUCACCUUAUGCAUUGGCCCGAGAGCGAUUGCAUGUCUCUGCGGUGCCUGAUUCUUUGCCAUGUCGAGAGGACGAAUUUGUCAACAUCAUGGGCUAUAUAGAGAGUGCCAUCCAAGAAGCCACGGGCACAUGCGUCUAUAUAUCAGGCGUGCCUGGCACAGGAAAGACGGCAACUGUAUUAGAAGUGAUUCGGUAUUUACAACAUCAAGCAGAACAGAAGGAAAUAGCAGACUUUGACUUUGUGGAGAUCAACGGCAUGAAAUUGACAGAUCCAAAUCAAGCUUACAGUAUAUUGUGGGAGUGCAUUGAGCGAGCAUCCAACGCAAACUGCGAUGGCAAACGAAAACGAUACACUUCGGCACAUGCUUUACAAAUGCUGGAAGCCAAAUUCUCAAAGCAAAGCAACGAUCAACGAACAACUGUGGUCUUGAUGGAUGAGCUGGAUCUGUUGGUUACCAAGAAACAAACCGUCAUGUACAACUUUUUCGACUGGCCCAGUCGACCCCUCUCCAAGCUCAUUGUAGUUGCAGUAGCCAAUACCAUGGAUUUACCAGAGCGUAUCAUGAGCAACAAGAUUGCCAGUCGUAUGGGUCUGACACGUAUCAACUUUCAGCCUUACAAGUAUGAUCAGCUCUUCAAGAUUGUGCAAUCUCGUUUGGAAGGCAUUGAUGCGUUUGCCAAAGAAGCAGUGGAAUUUGCCGCUCGCAAAGUGAGUGCUGUCAGUGGCGAUGCGCGUCGUGCUUUGGAUAUCUGUCGGAGAGCCGUGGAAAUUGUGGAACAGCGUAUCAGUGAAUCCAAUGGAUCCACCAAGCAUGUUACCAUUGCUGUGGUGGAUGAAGCCGUUAAGGAAAUGUUCUCGUCUCCCUCCGUCGCCUUUAUUCGCUCAUGCUCAUUACAUCAAAAGAUCUUUCUAGUUGCCUGUAUGCAGCGCUCACGUGCGAUAGGUCUGGCCGAAAUAGAGUUUGGCGAUGUAGCACACUACCAUAUUCAAACCUGCAAAUGGCAUAAUAUAGAGCCACCCAAUACCAGUGACCUGAUGCGUGUCUGUGAGUCGCUGGGCCAGACAAGAGCACUGAUCAUGGAAAGCGGGCGAAUGGACAUUUGUAUGCGAUUGUCGCUGAAUUUGAUUGAAGAAGACAUUGUCAUGGCAUGCAAAGCAGACAAGCUGAUUAGCAGACUACUGGCAAAUUUACCAUCUACCACUGCUUGA